CUCCCCCCGCCAAUCAUGAACGUGAGGCGUACGGUGCUUUCGUCCUUGACCAAGCAUGUUGAUCAUAUUCGAAAUGUUUGCAUUCUUGCACAUGUUGACCAUGGUAAAACUACAAUGGCUGAUGCCUUGUUGGCUACCAAUGGUAUUGUUUCUUCGCGUCAAUCAGGGAAAUUGCGGUAUAUGGAUAACACUGAGGGGGAGCAAGAGCGUGGCAUAACAAUGAAAUCUAGUGUAAUCGGUCUCAUUUUCAACCGGAAAGUCUCUACUGUAGAUAAAAACAGUCAAGAUUAUUAUCUUGUAAAUUUAGUGGACUCUCCUGGUCAUGUUGACUUUUCUUCGGAAGUUUCAACAGCAGUUCGAUUAUGUGAUGCUGCAAUUAUCGUUGUUGAUGUUGUUGAAGGAGUAUGUCCUCAGACACGUACAGUACUUCGUCAAGCUUGGGAUGAAAGACUUACUCUGUUACUGGCUUUGAAUAAAAUUGAUCGAUUGGUUGUAGAAGUAAAAUUGACUCCGUCACAGGCUUAUGAAACCAUGUGUCGAGUAAUAGAACAAGUUAACUCUGUCCUUGCAGAAAUGUUUUCUGCAGAUAUGACACGCCGAAGAGAUGGUAUGUGGCAAAUGAAUAUUGACAAACAUAACCUUUCAAAUGAUGUGCAAUCCGAUAAAAAUGUCUAUGAUUGGAGUAAUAAUUUAGAAAAAGCUGAUGAUUCUAAUUUGUAUUUUUCACCUGAAAAAGGAAAUGUUAUAUUCUGUUCUUCUAUCGAUUCAUGGGGAUUUCGUGUAGAUCAAUUUUGUCAAACUUGGUCGGAACGCUUAUCAAUUCCGUGUACAAUUUUACAAAAAUCACUAUGGGGUGAUUAUUACCUAACUUCUUCCUCCUCCUCCACAGAAUCGAAUAAAAUGAUUGUCAAAUCGAAUGCUAGACAAAAACAGAAAAAAUCCAUUUUUGUUCAGUUAGUCUUAGAACCUUUAUGGAAUGCAUAUCAAACAUUAUUAUUAGAAGAUAAACGUGACAAAGUAUUUGUAAUGGCUCAAAAAGUUGGUGUCAAUUUAGAUCAACGUAUUAUACGCAAUGUUGAUAGUCGUGGAGUGUUACGUGCUUUCUUAAGUGCUUGGCUAUCGUUAGGUCAUACACUUAUGCUUGCUAUAACCGAUAUAUGUCCUUGUCCAUCUUUAGCUGUAUCUGCUGAUCGAGCUGUGCAUAUGUUGUAUGGAGAUACAGUGUUAUGUGAUUCAACAUUUAUCAAACAAGAUACCCCAAUGACAGUGGAUCAAACUUCACGUGUACCAAUCAAUUCUAUAUAUUCAACAUCAGGAGCUAGCUUAGCUCUUCAAUCGUGUGAUUCAUCAUCAAUGGCUCCAACUAUUAUAUUUGUAGCUAAAGUAUUUUGGACGGAUAAAUUACGUCCUACUUCAAAUGUUAGGAAUAAUCUUGUUUGUGAAAAUACAAAACAAGAAAAUACAAAUUCUGAUAAUGUUUUAUCAUCAUGUCAAACAGAUGUCAUUAAUCAUCAUUCAAAUGAACCACAAUCUUUUGUCACGAAAGAAACAAAUUUACGUUCUCCUUUGUUAUUGUGUAAUCCAUUCGUAGAUACUGAUUUUAUUGCUUUAGCUCGAGUAUUUAGUGGUUCUGUUUAUGCUGGUCAAAAGCUAUUUGUACUUGGACCUAAAUUUGAUGGUCGGAAAGUUCCUUCAUAUCUCUUGGAUAUAGAUCCUGAAAGUUUGCCACUUGGUCCUGUCCGAUUACGAAACGAUGAUGAAGAUACUGAUAUUUCAUUGACAAGAAAUGAAAUUGGUUCAAUUGAUAAUUUUUGUACAUUUAGUCCAAUAAAUUCUGGUUCUUUACCUGUCAGUCGUUCAGGAUCUGUUGGAGGUUCAAGCGGGUAUCGAUUGGCUGGUCCUAAAUACUUACGUCAUGUUUAUGUGGCUUGCAUUGUUCGUGUCCUCCAACUAUUAGGAGGUCAGUCUGAUUUUGUUGAACUUCUCGAACCUGUACCAUCGGGAAACAUAGUUGGUCUUACUGGACCAGAUUUGAUAGCCUGUCUUCCGAAAUCCGGUCUUUUGGUAAGUCGGCUAUCGCUAGUUUCUUCAGUUAGCAAAACGGACAGUAAUGAAACUCAACUAGCUCCUGUUCUCCCAUUAGCUGGUUUAGCAGUUUGGCAUGGGGCACCAGUGAUUUCAGUUGCUGUCGAGCCUGCAUCUGCUUCGAAUUCGGAAGAUGUUUACAGAUUGGAACGUGGUCUUCGACUUUUAGAUCGUGCUGAUCCCUGUGCUGAGGUGACAAUCACAACCAGUGGUGAAUAUAUUAUCCGUGCUGCUGGUGAAAUUCAUUUACAAAAAUGUAUUGAAGAUUUAAUGAAAUAUUUUGCCCCACAAGUUGAAUUACAAUUAUCACCAUUUGUUGUACCAUUUCGUGAAACAAUCAUCGAUUCAUGUAACACAUUGAAUUCUCCAUCAUUAAUUCAAUUAUCCAAUUUGUUUUAUGGUAAAGCAUGGAGUCAAUUUGAACAGUUAUUACAACAAUUGAAUGUAACAUCCGAUAUGAAUACUUAUUGUCAUGAAUUGCAAAAGUUGACUUUACAUGCAUCAGAAUCAUCAUGUACCAUGAAUGAAGAUGAAGGGAACAAUCCGAUUGUUACACAAAAGUUGCUUCAUUUAAAUCCCAGCUUAGAUAUGAAUGAUUUUCCUAUUAGUAUAUUUCAAUUACCACAUAGUAAGCCGAGAACAAGAAUUCUAAUACGAGUUACUGCUCAUCCAAUGCCUAAUGAAUUGUUAAAUUGGAUUGAACAUUGUGGGUCGGCGAAAGUGUCUCAAUUGAUACGAGCUUUUAAAAGUAAAGCAUCGAAUUAUCAAAAACUUCUAACCGAAUUCGAACAACAACUAUCAAAUAUCUGUGCUCAAUUCACAUCAAAAUGUUGUCCUUCAUCAUCAACAUGUUCUAUAAAUUGGAAUCAAAUCACUACAUCAUUGUUGGCAUUUGGACCGAAUCAAAUUGGAUCGAAUAUAUUGAUUAAUCAUUUGAAUACAGAUUAUUUCCCAUUAUUUACUGCAUGGGGCAAAAAAUUGAAUAAUCAUAACAGUAGUGCCACAAUGAAACAAUCAAAAAAUAUGCCUAAGAAAUUCUCGAAUACUCAUGCAUUACCAAUUAUUAGUUAUGGUAAAGCAUUGUUGCGUGGUUUUCAGCUGGCCACAUUGAAAGGACCAUUGUGUGCUGAACCGAUGUAUGGUAUUAUAUUUGUAUUAGAAGAAAUUAUUGCUGAAAAUUUGAGUACAUUGAAGCUACCAACUAGUCAGGAGAGUAGUAAUAAUAAACCACAGGAAUCUGAUAUAACAACAGGAUCAUCAUCUUUAUUGACAUCUUCAAAAAUGGAUGAAAAAACGACUACUGACAGUCACUUGUUACGACGUCAUCAAUGUAAACGGAAAUCUAAACGUUUAACAUCAAUUUCAUGGUUAGAUGAUAAUGUAGAUGAUGAUGAUGGCGGAGGUGGGGAUAAUGAUGAACUUGAGAAUUCCUCUCGUUGUAGUAGUGGCAGUAGCAAUUCGGAAGAUGAUGAUAUUGAUCAUGAAGCGGAACACAAUUGGUAUUCAGAUGAUUCUUCACAAGAUGAUGAAGACAAUCAAUCGGAUCGUUUGUCGGAUGUGGAAAAUUCGAAUGUAGGAACUGUUUCACAGAACCAUCUCGAAACGGAGACCUGUUUUGAUACAACAAAAGAAAUUCCUUUUUGGCAACGACGAUCUGACAUGUCAUGGUUACAUGAUAUUCCCCCAGGACUUUUAACACCAGCUAUGACACGAGCAUGUAUAGCUGCAUUUCAAUCUUGUCCAUGUCAACGUUUAAUGAUUGCUGUAUAUGACUUGGAAUUGCAAGCUCGAAGUGAUGUUUUAGGACGUAUGUUUGGUGUUCUACGCAGACGAUAUGGUCGAGUUGUCGGUGAAGAUUUUAGAGAAGGUGAAAAUACAUUUGUUAUCAAUGCUAGACUACCUGUCAUUGAAAGUUUCGGUCUGGCAGAUGAAAUACGUAAACGUACCAGUGGUAUUGUUAGUCUUCCACAAUUACGUCUUGGUGGUUGGGAAUUACUAGAUAUUGAUCCGUUACAAAAAGACACUACUUCCACAGAUAUGAAAGAUCCGUUCAAUGAAUCAUUCCGUACUAAAACAGGUGGAGGAUCUACCAAACUAUUUCGAUCGAAACCAACUCAUUCAAAUUUUCAUGAUGCUGUUGUCGGUGAUGAUGGUUGUGGAGCAGCAGCAGCAGCUGGUGAACAUGCAAAUGAAGAGUCUUCUACAAGUCAAAUUUCUCGAGUACAACGUUAUAUUCGUGAAGUACGACUACGUAAAGGUUUACCAUUAAAUGAACAACUUGUACUGAAUGCGGAUAAACAAAGAACAUUGAAAAAAAAUAAAUAGUGCAGUGUUAUUGUAUUUAGUAAAAAAAAAUGUUUAUCAAUUGUAAAAUUAACUUGUAAAUUUCCUCGCUUGUGUAUUGUAUAUUUUUUGCCUAAUUAAUAAUAUUAGGCUUAAUUUGUUUUUUUGGCCUUUUUUGUUUUUUGUGAAAUAAACUUUGAUUUCUGCGAAAAUCAACAUUUUUCUAUUGAUCAGAAUGGAAAUUGUAAUUUACUGAAUGCUAUAUUAUAUAUAUUGUAUUAGCUAUAUAUAUAUACAUAUCUAUCUAUUGAAUGACAAAAUUUGAAUCUUAU